AAUCUGAACACCUUUCAGGUCAUGGCAGCAUCCUGAUACAGCUCUAGAGUCAGAUAUUUCGAGUCGGUGUUCAUGACACGAACCCCCUCUGGUUCUAUUGCACGCAAGGUAGUGAAUGCCGAGACAAAAUGGUGGGCGUCGUCAACCCGCCUGCUGUCUCAUUUGACGGUACCCUAGAAGCCUACAGGAGUAAGUCCGCGGCCUUUACUGGCAAGGCAGACGACGCCGCAAAUGCAUUUGGUGGACAGCUCAUUUUUGCGGGCUCCGUCGAUAGCGGUUCUACUGCGGCCCCAUACUCCACGGCAACCUUGACAACUAGCAAAUCCUCUCCGUCCAUCCCAAACAGUACGACUGGAUCGAGGGCUGCUAAAAUCAGCGUUCUGUUGGGCGGACUGGGAAUGGCGAUAUGGGUGUUGCUGUAGCCUAGUUGGACAAUUUCGCAUUAAUGCAUUUUGGCGCACGAGUCUAGAUUCUAACAGUUUGUCUUCAACAUG